UAUUAAAACGCAACACAACCUGAGUCAGCAAGUACAGAGAACGGAUAAGGCACCCUGUUUCGUCCAAAGGAUACUGGCACAUUGGUAACCAAUUAUCAAAACGCGAUGGCGCGCAUGCGCGAUGUGUCGAGCAUCAUCAGUAUAAGCAAGCGGAACAACACUCGUAACUGUGCGUUGCUACCACGCGACGAGACAGAUGACAAUGCUUUUCCCAACCAUAGUGACGAUGGUGCUGCUUGCUAGCAGCUCUGCGAGACACAUUCGAGCAAGGCGAAAGGUGGGACAAGAACUGUGCUCUCCUGGCAUGUCCCUGUCCAACUUUCGAACGGUGUCCUGUUCUGUAGACCCCUGCGUGUCCUCUCCGGGCGUGGAGUACGUCUUCGAAGCGGAAGUGACGUUCGAUAAGUCUUCGCAAGAGCUACUCGCAGUGGUGACUCACCUGGUAGUAGAAAACUACGAUGUGGAAAUCCUCCAUGUGGAAUUUUAUGAUGCAUGUGAACGCGUCUUCUCAUGUCCUGUUGCCGCAAACACGCCACAAGUCGUCAACGUUACUUACACCGUUCCAGAUCUGGAAGCCCUCACUGCCCCGACCAAAGUGUUUGUGGAGUACGUACUUGAUCGGUUGUUUCCAUGGUUGUUUCGUACCUCUGUCUGUGAUAGUCAUCUUGCAUCGUUCGUUUGCAAGCUGGCGCUGUGCUACAGUUGCAGAUCCAUUUGA